AUGAGGCUCGCGCCCCCGUCCCCUCCCCGUCGCGGCCCUAUCCCCUUCCCGUCGCCCCCCCGUCCCCUUUCUGUUGCCUCCCCGUCCCCUUUCCGUCGCCUCCCCGUUGCCUCCCCGUCGCCUUCCCGUCGUCUCCGCGUCGCUCCCGUCGCCUCCCCGUCCCUCCCUUCCCGUUGCCUCUUGUCGCUUCCCCAUUCCCCCCUUCCCGUCGCCUCCACGUCGGCCCCCAGUCGCCUCCCCGUCCCCCCCCUUCCCGUCGCCUUGUAUUGCCUCCCAUCGCCUCCUCGUCCCCCCCUUUCCAUCGCCUCCGUGUCGCCUCCCGUUGCCUCCCCGUCCCCCCCUUUCCAUCGCCUCUACGUCGCCUCUCGUCGCUUCCCCGUCCCCCCCUUCCCGUCGCCUCCACGUCGCCCCCCCCGUCGUCUCCCUGUUCCCCCCCUUCUCGUCGCCUCCGCGUCGCCUCUGGUUGCCUCCCCCGCCCCCCCCCUUUCCGUCGCCCCUUCGUCGCCUCUCGUCGCCACCCGUCCCCCCCCCAUCCCAUCGCCUCCCCGUCCCCCUUUCAACCGCCUCCUGUCGCCCCCACGUCCCACCCCCUUCCCCGUCGACUCCCAUUCACCUCCCGCUGCCCUCCACCCCAUACUGACUGCGGUCCGCCCGUAG